GGUAUCAUUGACCUUACCGGCAACAGUUUAUCUGAAAUGCUACCUCUAGAUCAAGAAUUGCGAUCUGGAAACUCAUCUUUCAUUAGUAAUACAAGUGUUGAGGAAUGUAAACAUCUUUGUAAAUCUAAAAAAGGUUGCAGUGUUGCCAGUAUUAAUGAAGAGAAAAAAUGUUAUCACUUCAUGGGUAGUGAACUUGGAAUUUGGAAAAAUACUAAGAUUACAAGCGGCAGUCAGUGGUUUGUCAAGCUACAAAACAAUGUAUCUAUGGUAUCCUUUCCGAGGGCUUACCAGAAAGAAUCGUUUUUUGGAAACGUACAGUACAUAGAUGGCGUCUCUAUAAUAACAUCACUCAGUUACCCUCUAAAGGCAAUUUUAGACAAUGAUAUACUAUGGCUGGUUAAUUUUGCACCAGGACGGUUUGCCAAAUUUGUUUUCACAAAUGUUUCACUAUCACAGUGUGAACUCAUUGUAAAAACAUCGAAAGAUGGUGACAAAGGAUUCAGCAUUGACACGCGGUACAACGAUAAUGAAUUCGUAUUAGAAACAGAUAAAAACCUGUUGUUCUUAUCAGCAAUGCCAACGACAACAAGAUUGACACCAAAGAUAAAAUUUCGGGCAAUUGUAACUGCUGAGGCGGAUGCCUGUCUUUGA